UGGUGAGUGCCGUGCCGUUCCAGUAGUCGUCGUGCGUCGCGAGUGUUUGCUGUCCGUUUUUUGGUUAGUCUCGUUCACUCGAUUGUUUUGCACCAUCCUUUCCCCUCAGUCCACACUGCGAGGACACGUUAGAAACGCCAAAACCGGGGCUUUGCACGCAAACACGGCAAGUCACGGGACCGUACCGUUUCGGUGGAGCUAAGAAACCAGGGGCUUACUACUACUGUCUGAUAGUGAUUCGGUUGUUCUUUUUUUUGUUUUCUCUUAAAUCAUUGUUUGCUUCCUGGGUUCGAAUUUUCGACACAUCAAAGCUGGUGCUACUGAGCGUGUGUGUGUGUGUAUGUGUGAUAAGUUGAGGGAAGCUAGUGAAUCAGUCAUUCGACAGUGUCGGACCGGCCAGUGCUGCCAGUGCCAGUGAUAUCGCUGUUUCGAUUACUGCUGAAAGCAAGUGACUCACACCGUACACCGGGCUGCUCCAUCGACGAACGGGCGAGUUCGUCGCUUCGAGUGAAAGAAAUCCUGCAGAGCACGUGUCUUGUAGUAAUCUAGAUGUUGGACUAAAGCGGAGCCUCCCCCGUUAGUGCUCGUGAUCGAGAUUACAACCGUAUUGCAAUUAGCGCUCGACGAGCGCAAGUGCGCGAACCCGCCACCAACAGCUGCCCCGCACUCUACCACCACUACCCGCGGCAACGGAACGACGCCACGAUGCUACGCAAUCACGCACACUGGAUACGGGCGCUAGCGAUCGUGCUGGUGGGUGCAUGUGCAACCGGCACUGCAUCGCCCGUCUCGACCACACCACAGGCUGAGCUCUACCUCUCACAGUUUGGCUACCUAAGCCCCAAGUAUCGGAACCCGACGAGCGGGAACCUGCUGGACCAGGACACCUGGGAGAAAGCCAUCAUGGAGUUCCAGAGCUUUGCCGGGCUGAACGUUACCGGCGAGCUGGACGGCGAAACGAUGCAGCUGAUGUCGCUGCCCCGGUGUGGCGUGAAGGAUAAGGUUGGCUUUGGGUCCGACACCCGCUCGAAGCGCUACGCCCUGCAGGGCAGCCGCUGGAAGGUGAAGGAUCUUACCUACCGGAUAUCCAAGUACCCGAGGCGGCUGGAACGGACGGCGGUGGAUAAGGAGAUCGCGAAAGCGUUCGGCGUGUGGAGCGAGUACACGGAUUUGCGCUUUACGCCGAAGAAAACGGGCGCCGUUCAUAUCGACAUUAGGUUCGAGGAGAACGAACACGGCGAUGGUGAUCCGUUUGACGGACCGGGCGGCACUCUGGCCCACGCAUACUUCCCCGUGUACGGUGGUGAUGCACACUUUGACGACGCCGAACAGUGGACGAUUGAUAAGCCACGCGGGACGAAUCUGUUCCAGGUGGCAGCGCACGAGUUUGGUCACUCGCUGGGUCUGAGUCACUCGGACGUACGAUCGGCACUGAUGGCUCCGUUCUACCGUGGUUAUGAUCCCGUGUUUCGGUUAGAUUCCGACGAUAUUCAGGGCAUUCAAACACUGUACGGAACGAAGACGAGAAAUCCAGGCGGUGGUGCCGGUGCCACACCGACCCGAACGCCCCGACCGAAGACACCCACGGAGAUGGACUCGGAGCUGUGCACCUCGCCAAAGAUCGACGCCAUAUUCAACACUGCCGACGGUAGCACCUACGCCUUCAAGGGCGAUAAGUACUACAAGCUGACGGAGAACGCCGUCGCCGAGGGCUAUCCGAAGAAAAUUUCCGACGGUUGGCCAGGACUGCCCGGCAACAUCGAUGCCGCGUUUACGUACAAAAAUGGCAAGACUUACUUCUUCCAGGGCACCAAGUACUGGCGGUACCAGGGGCGCACGAUCGACGGCGACUACCCGAAGGAGAUCAGCGAAGGGUUCACCGGCGUGCCCGACCAUCUCGAUGCGGCGAUGGUGUGGGGCGGCAACGGCAAGAUCUACUUCUACAAGGGCAGCAAAUUCUGGCGGUUCGAUCCGCUGAAGCGGCCACCGGUCAAGUCGACCUACCCGAAGCCCAUCUCGAACUGGGAGGGUGUGCCGAACAGUGUCGAUGCCGCGCUACAGUACACCAACGGGUACACCUACUUCUUCAAGGACGACAAGUACUAUCGGUUUAACGAUAGAACGUUCACGGUUGACCAGUCCGACCCACCGUUCCCGCGCCCGACGGCCCACUGGUGGUACGGCUGCAAGAACACACCGUCGACCUUCAACACGCUAGGUAAUGUACGAUUGCAAAAAUCCGACGAACAUCCCUACGAUAUCGGAGAUUUGGCUCAGGAUGCCGCAGACACCGACGAUCAGCCGGAUCCGGACGGGUACAGCGGUAAUGGAGCUUCCACGAUCACCGGCACCAGUGUCAGUAUUACAACAGCCCUCGCGGGUUUCUUGCUGGGAGCGUACCUUGUCAGCCGCUGCUAGUCCCAUGCGUUGAGGUUAGCCGGGAAAAUUGGAGCGAUCGCAAUUGGAAAUAGAAUGAGAGGAAUCAAUUCAAAAACAUUCGUUGCAACUGCCGCAGCACAACUCCAAGACAAUCCCAAUCGCGAAACUGCCACCAAGUGUGUGUGUGCGUGUCGGAUAGACUAAACAGAACAAACAAAUGCUCACACACAGAGAGGAGCUUACGAAAAAACAUCAAACACCGAAAUUGAUCUCAACGGGUGAGCAGCAUAAAACGGGCAUGUGUGUAUAGCAGGCAGAACAGACACCAGACUGCUUGUCUGGUUGAAUUUCAUCAGUAGCGUACAGGAGGAAAACCAGCGAAAAGUAGGGUCGUAGUGCCGGUCUUAAGAUUUCCAAUGUGUCCAUCCAGUGAAGAAUCGAACGAGUGAUUAGCAACAAAUUGAAGGUGCUUGAGACAGAUAAAUAGGUAUGGAGAGAGAGAGAGAGAGAGAGAGAAACAGAGAGAGAGUGAGAGAGAUAAAGAGAAAGAGAGAGAUACAAAAGGCAAGUCACUAGCCAUAGGUCUUUUUUGCUAGCUAAUUGGUGUUAACUAAUGAAACGAAAACUGGUUCAGCGCCAGUAGCCUGGUGCCUUUAAAAGUGUACUAGUACUAGAAACGGGAAGAGGUGGAACACGUAUCAAAUUGCAAACAGUAAUACAAAGAAGAAGAAAAUCUGUACAUAUCAUCACACCCACGGCAGGAACAUAGGACCGCGAUAGGUGGACACAGCAAGGGCUUGCACAUUCCGAUACAGAUCGAGUACGAUCGUAUUCGAUCGGGUGCACUAGCGACACUGGACUUCUUCGUCGACUGUCGACUGAGAGCGCGGUAACUAGUUGUAGAGUGCCAGAGACAGAGAGUGCAGGAACCAGGAUAUCAGUAGAAGAGGAAAACAAGCACGACCCUCCCCAGUUUACAGUGUAAUGUUAAAUAACGAUACCAUUUUAUUGUACCAUAUACAUAUAUAUUGUUGCCCGUUUUACAAACCUGCAGCCGCAGAGUAAACCAAGCACCAGGCAAGCAACUAGCAACAACAGAAGAAGAAACAAAAACCCUCUCCACCCCUUUUAUCUUUACCCCUUCAAAGCCCGUCUUCGUCGGCAUCGAUCAUAAUCGAUCGCACCAGGCCAGGCCAGAGAGUGGCGGCCCGCGGGAGGGUGUGCCGUGUGUGUUCGGUGACCAUGCUGUACCAGCAUUUUGUAUAUAUUUAUUACUUUAUCGUACCGAAGAGCGGACGGCGUUCAGAUAGGGAGGCGAGAAUCAAAUAAAAAAUAAAAAAUAAAAA